ACACCCACAGAAAGCCGCUGCCUACUUGCCUUUAUAUACCCUGCCGCCACCGCGCCGUGUCCUCCACCUCGCCAAUCGCCAGCGACCGACACCCUCUCUAGCUCCGUCCAAGGCUCUCUUCGCCGGCGAGCGUAGACGUACGAAAAUUAUCAUAUUCCAAGGUUUGGUCCUAAUGGGGCUUCGGGAGCGCCUGCUGGGGUGCUUCGGGGCCGGCGGCCAUCAUCAGGAGCAGGAGCAGGAGUCUGCGGCGCGGCCGGCGGCGAGCAGGCGUCCCGGCGGGAAGCCGACGCUGCGGCGGCUGAGCACGGCGAACCUUCGGUCGCUGUCGCUGCAGGACCUGUCGCGGAAGCUGGAGACCACCAAGCUGCACGCCUUCACGCUGGACGAGCUCAAGGCCGCCACCAAGAACUUCUCCACCUCCAACUUCCUCGGCGAGGGCGGGUUCGGCCCCGUCUACAAGGGCUUCGUCGACGGCCGCCUCCGCCCGGGGCUCCAGCCGCAGCACGUCGCCGUCAAGUACCUCGACAGCGACGGCGUCCAGGGCCACCGCGAGUGGCUGGCGGAGGUGGUGUACCUCGGGAUGCUGAGCCAUCCGCAUCUGGUCAAGCUGGUGGGCUUCUGCAACCAGGACGACCACCGGAUGCUGGUGUACGAGUACAUGCCCAGGCAAAGCCUCGAGAACCAUCUCUUCAAGAAUCUCCUCGCGUCGCUGCCGUGGUCGACGCGGCUCAAGAUCGCCGUCGGCGCCGCCAAGGGGCUGGCGUUCCUGCACGAGGCCGAGACGCCCGUCAUCUACCGCGACUUCAAGGCCUCCAAUAUUCUUCUCGACUCGGACUACACGGCGAAGCUGUCGGAUUUCGGGCUGGCCAAGGAAGGGCCGCAGGGUGACGCGACGCACGUGACGACGCGGGUGAUGGGCACGCACGGGUACGCGGCGCCGGAGUACAUCCUGACGGGCCACCUGACGGCGAAGAGCGACGUGUACAGCUUCGGCGUGGUGCUGCUGGAGCUGCUCACGGGCCGGCGCUCCGUCGACAAGCGGCGCGGGCGGCGGGAGCAGAACCUCGUGGACUGGGCGCGCCCCUACCUCCGCCGCGCCGACAGGCUGCACCGGUUCAUGGACCCGAGCCUGGAGAUGCAGUACUCGGCGACCGCCGCGGAGAAGGCCGCCAAGGUCGCGCACCAGUGCCUGCAGAGCGUGCCCAAGGCCAGGCCCAACAUGCGCGACGUCGUCGACGCGCUCGAGCCGCUCCUGGCGCUCGACGACGACGUGCCCAUGGGACCCUUCGUCUUCACGGUCGGCGCGGCCGAGGCGGCGACGGCAACGGCGCAGGUCGUCGAGGACGCUGUCGCUGUCACUGUGGCCAACGACGACCAGGUGGAAGCGGAGGCGGAGGCGGAGGCGGGCAGCCGGCAGGGCAAGAGGCACGUCAUGUCGGCCGUGCACGCGGAGAGCCCGCUGCGGAGCCGGUACGCCAGCGCCGUGAAGAGACCGGAGAGCCCGCCGACACUGAGCAGGGCAUGAGUGGGGAUUGCGAAUUUGCAAGUGUACAUAAUUAGCUGACAGAUUGUUCAUCAAUUCUUUUGUUUUUCUGUAUUUCUUGGUGAUGCUAUUAAUUUGUUCUCUCAAGAAUUUGAAGGGGAGAGGUUUUUGUUUCAUUUUUUUUUGUUGUUGUUUUGUUAAUUGAUACACUGCCGAGAAUACCUCAAGUUGUGAGGUGUUUGUA